CUGACGCACCGAGUCCACACCCGCUGGGCUUUUGCUGGGCCGCUGGAAUGAAAAUAUGCCGGGCCGUGCGCCGCCGCGAACGCCGCUGAACAAUGGCUGCCGCGCGGCAAGCGGCCACGGUCGCCUCCGGCGGCCACCACCCGGUGCUCCAUGCCCACCUAGCGGCUCUCCUGAACCCCUCCUCGACCUCGCCUCCGCUCCCGCCCCCGCUCCGCGGGCGCCACCUCCCGCUCUCGCUCCCUGCGGCCACGCGCCUCGCGGCCUCCUUCCCGCCGCUGCCGCUCCUCCUCGCCCUGCUCUCCGCGCUCCGCCUCCUCCCCUCCCCGCCGCCGCCGCGGCCCUUCGACGCGCUCAUCAAGUCCUACGCCUCCCUCUCCCGCGGCGGGGGCGGCGCCUCCCUCGCCGCCGCGGCCCUCGCGUUCGCCAGGUCGGCCGGGUACGCGCCCUCGCUCCUCGCGUACAACGCCGUCCUCCUCGCGCUCUCGGACGCCUCGCUCCCCUCCGCGCGGCGCCUCCUCGCAUCCAUGCUCCGCGACGGCGUGGCGCCCAACGUGUACACCUACAACAUCCUCGUCCGCGCGCUUUGCGCCCGCGGGCAGCGGGAGGAGGCGCUGGGCGUCGUGGGCGACGACAUGCGCGGCGCGGGGUGCGCGCCCAACGUCGUCACCUACAACACGCUCGUCGCCGCGUUCUGCAGGGCCGGGGAGGUGGACGCCGCCGAGAGGCUGGUCGGUGUGAUGCGCGAGGGCGGCGUGCGGCCAAGCCUGGUGACCUUCAACACGGUGGUGAACGGUCUGUGCAAGGCGGGGAGGAUGGAGGACGCACGCAAGAUGUUUGAUGAAAUGGCGAGGGAGGGAUUGACCCCAGAUGGGGUCAGUUAUAACACCUUGGUCAGUGGGUACUGCAAGGCGGGCUGCUUGCAUGAGGCAUUGGCGGUGUUUGCAGAGAUGGCGCAGAAAGGGGUUGUGCCAGAUGUUGUGACAUUUACGUCGCUUAUCCAUGCAAUGUGCAGGGCUGGGAACUUGGAGCGGGCAGUGGCUCUAGUGGGGCAGAUGAGGGAGAGGGGCCUCCGAAUGAAUGAGUUCACCUUCACAGCACUGAUAGAUGGGUUCUGCAGGAAUGGGUUCUUGGAUGACGCAUUGCUUGCAAUGAAGGAGAUGAGGGAAUGUAGGAUCCAGCCUUCAGUAGUGUGCUACAAUGUGCUUAUUAAUGGUUAUUGCAAACUAGGAAGAAUGGAUGAAGCAAGAGAGCUAAUCCAUGAAAUGGAGGCUAAAGGAAUGAAACCUGAUGUUGUGACAUAUAGUACGAUCCUCAGUGGAUACUGUAAGAUUGGUGAUACAGAUUCUGCAUUCGAGUUGAACAGAAAAAUGCUCAAAAAAGGCGUGGUUCCUGAUGCAAUCACCUACUCGUCACUCAUAAGGGGUCUUUGUGAGGAGAGAAGACUUGGUGAUGCAUGUGAACUCUUUGAGAAGAUGCUUCAACUUGGCCUACAACCGGAUGAAUUUACUUAUACAACACUGAUAGAUGGUCAUUGCAAGGAGGGGAAUGUUCAGAAGGCUCUUUCUCUGCAUGAUGAGAUGAUAAAAAAAGGUGUUCUCCCUGAUGUCGUGACAUACAGUGUGCUUAUAGAUGGGCUUAGCAAGUCAGCACGUACAAAAGAAGCACAACGGUUACUCUUCAAAUUAUACUAUGAAGAUCCUGUUCCAGACAAUAUUAAGUAUGAGGCUUUGAUGCAUUGUUGCAGGACAGCUGAGUUUAAGAGUGUGGUGGCUCUUCUUAAGGGGUUUUCCAUGAAAGGUUUGAUGAAUCAAGCUGACAAAGUUUACCAGUCAAUGUUGGACAGACAUUGGAAGCUCGAUGGGUCUGUGUAUAGUGUACUUAUUCAUGGGCAUUGCCGGGGAGGAAAUAUUAUGAAGGCUCUCAGCUUCCAUAAGCAAUUGCUGCGGUGUGGUUUUUCUCCAAAUUCAACAAGCACUAUUUCAUUGGUUAGGGGUCUAUUUGAAGAGGGGAUGACUGUGGAAGCAGAUAAUGUGAUUCAGGAGUUGCUGAAUUGCUGUUCGCUAGCAGAUGCUGAAACAUCAAAGGCUCUUAUUGAUCUCAAUCGGAAGGAAGGUAAUGUGGAUGCUGUGGUUGAUGUUCUCCGUGGCAUGACAAGGGGUGGGCUACUUCCAAGCUCAGGGUGAAUUGUGUAUGCAGAAACCUUGCUCUUUUUGUGGAGCACUGGAAUUGCAUGAUGUCCAUAGUUCUCUUUGGAGCAUUUAUUGGUUCUUGCCUCGCUGAGCAUUAUGAUUAGUGCUCUGUGGAAGUACCUUGCCACGAAUCAUGAUGAUGCUCCAUCGAAGGGUUGAAAAAUAUUACUUUCCUGCUUCAUGCUGCAGGAUGAUGUGAAUUUUUUUACUUGCAGAAUGAACAACUGAAAGUGCCAGAAUAUGAAGCAUACACUCCAAAGAAGCCACCUAUAUCCCAACAACACCACUGAAGGGAUAGCGAAAACUGGCAAUUAUGAUUCAUACUACACUGCUGAAUAGGAUUGGAAGGAUUCUGAUACCAUUUUGUAUAAUCUUCACCUUUACCAUGGAAAGCUUUGUGAAUUGUGUGCUCUUAAAUGGAAUGAGGCAAGAAGAAAAGGGAAUGGUAACUGCAAAUUCAAGUACAGACGCAGUUAGCACUUGUCAGAUUGAAGGCAGCAGCCGUUGGAGAGCCUCCAUCUGGUUCUUCAUGGAGCCAUUAAGAUUUACGUCGUAGCCGGUGAAAGCACCAGUAUCAUAGUCAAGCACGGUGCCGCCGACGAUGGCCAUGUUGGCACCUCGCCGGAAGUCCUUGCCGUCCGCCAUGGACGGUAUGAGAAAUGGCAACCCCAACGCUUGUGCUGCGCACAUGUGGGCUUCUGGAAGUAGGUCUUUCCGUAGGGUGGACGGGCGAAAAUGCCGAGCACGCCGGUCAGCAGCAGCCGGCCGUCGGGGCACAGGUUGCCGGUGUCCGACGUCGAGUCGCCGAAGUUGAACAUGGCGUUGUACCUCCGUUCAUCGGCGGCAGCAGUGGCGCAGGCCGCAGCUGCAAGUGUAGCCAUCAGGAGGCAGCAGCACGACAAGACGGACGGCAUUCCCCUGCUCAUGACGAUUGAUCUUCCUGCGUCCUCCUACCAUCUGGCAUUCUUGCGCGCUGGUGUUUAUGUACAAACAGGGUAGCGCUUGCCAUUGCCAUCGCUCGUGCCGCGUGCUUAAGUGCGGCAGUUGGCCGCUGCUGCGCACCAGUACGAAAUUGGAUGAAUCCUCUCAAGAUCGAGAUGGCCCAACAACCAAUCCACAGCAACUUUUUCCUAGGACUUACUUGAGACCAACGGUACAUAUUUCUGUUGAUGGGAGUUUUGAGUUUGAGAAAAAAAAGAUACUCUGAUGACCGACCCAGUUUAACAGAAAGCUAGUUUGAGCCGUUGGGUUAUAUUUCAGCACACACGCAGAUUAUUAAUUCUCCAAAUAACUUCAUUUUGAGCUAA